AUGAGAUUUUGUACUCUUCUUCCCAUUCUCCUCCUCUUGGUGACUAUGGUAGCAAAAGGGAAAACUGGCGUUAUCCCAGGAGAGAAGCAGUGCAUUGUCCUGAAAGGAGUGUGCAAAGACAUCGCGUGCACUUCCACGGAAGACACCAUCGGUGUAUGCAAUGAGACAAAGAAAUGCUGUAGAAAGUGGUGGAUAUUUGAUCCCUACCCGACACCAGUUCCCAAAGGAAAAUCUCCUUAG